GUUCUCUCUCCCUCACCAUCUGCAAGUUCAAUACCGUCAUAAUGGGCUUCACCGACCUGCACUCGGACUCUGGUCUUACCGUUCUCAACAGCUGGUUGACCACUCGCUCCUACAUUGUCGGCUUCUCGCCAACCCAGGCCAAUGUGGCCGUCUUCAAGGCCCUGAGCACUGCCCCUGAGGUUGCCAAGCACCCGCAUGCUGCGCGUUGGUACAAGCACAUCGUUAGCUACGAUGACGACUUCGCAACGCUUCCCGGUGAUGCGGCUAAGCCUUACACCGUCUACGGUCCUGAAGUCGUCGCUGCUACUCUGAACCCUGCCAAGGACCCGGCCGCUGAGGAGGACGACGACGAUGUCGACCUGUUCGGCAGCGACGACGAGGAGGAGGACGCUGAGGCUGCCCGCGUCCGCGAGGAGCGUCUGGCUGAGUACCGCAAGAAGAAGGAGGCCAAGCCUAAGGUCGCCGCGAAGUCUGUAGUCAUCUUAGACGUUAAGCCCUGGGACGACGAGACCGAUCUGGCUGCCCUUGAGGCUGCCGUGCGCGGCAUCGAGAAGGAUGGUCUGGUGUGGGGUACUUCCAAGUUGGUGCCUGUUGGUUUCGGGAUCAAGAAGCUGCAGAUCAACCUUGUCAUCGAGGACGAGAAGAUCAGUUUGUCCGACCUCGAGGAGGAGAUCCAGGAGCUCGAAGACUACGUCCAGUCAACAGAUAUCGCUGCCAUGAACAAGCUUUAAGCUCCUUGGGAGGGUUUUGAUGAUGAUUUCAUGCUUUUAUCAUAGAAAUGCGAAUAAGGCUUGAGAGCGCGUAGACCGCUCUAAUGACUAUAGGCCCGCCCUUGGACGGGGACUUGACCUUGCCUCUGGCAUAG